AUGCAGUUCGGUCGGAUUAGCGAUGAAACAUUCACUAUGGAUUUCCGUUAUCCACUGUCCGCUUUGCAAGCAUUCGGCAUUGCAAUGACAAGCUUCCACGGGAAAAUUGCUUGUGAAUAA